AUGAAGGUCGCUCAGGUCACAUCGUGGGGUUCUGCCCCCGUCCUUUCCGACGCCCCCGACCUGCCCGCACCCACCGGCUCGCAGGUCCAGGUCAAGGUCGUGGCCGUGGGCGUUCCCCGCGUCGUUCGUGGCCGCGCCCUUGGCGUCCACUCGAGCUCUCGCGGCGCCCCGCUGCCCUUUGACCCCACUGUCGAUGGCAUCGUCCAGGAUGAGGCCUCGGGCGAUCUCUUCUACGUCAGUCCCAACAGCGCAGCUCUCUUCGCCGAGCGCGCCAACGUCGAGCGUCACACCCUUGUCCGUCUCGCCCCCGGCGCCGAUGCUGUCUCGGUCGCUACCCAAGUCAACCCCGUCGCCAGCAGCUGGAUGGCUCUCCGCGUCCGCACAUCGGACCCGGACUCGGUCAAGGGCGCUACGGUCCUCGUCUUGGGCGCCACCAGCACCAGCGGCCGUGCCGCGAUCGCCAUUGCCCGCAGCCUGGGCGCGGCCCGCAUUAUCGGCACAUCCCGCAGCGAAGACAAGCUGGCUGCCGUCCAAGACCUCGACGAGCGCGUCGUCCUGCAAGCGCCAUACACGCUCCCGCCUACCCUAGGCCCUGUCCACAUCAUUCUCGACUUCGUCGGUGGCCAAGCCGCUUCUGGUGUGCUGACCAGCGCCCAGAUCGAGCCCGGCAAAGAACUCCAAUACAUCCACGUUGGUGAUCUCGCCGGUGAGGAGACCAUUGCCGUACCCGGCCGUCUUCUCAACGCCCGGCCUGUCCGCAUCACUGGCUCUGGGAUGGGUGCCUGGGGUAAGCAAGAGAUUAAGAAGGAGAUCAACGGUCUGCUUGGUGCUAUUACGAAGCUGCCGCGGCCAGAGGACCUGCUUAUCGCCAAGUUCUCUGAUAUUGAGUCCGUUUGGGACACCGAGGAGGCUCAGACCAAGCGUCUAGUCCUGGUUUGGUAG